UCUCUUUGCUUUCUCCCAAAUCUGUCUCUUCUUCCUUCGGACAGGCGAGAGAAGAAUUCGAUUCGUAGUCGCUGUCGGAAACGCUUUAACUCCUUUCAUCUGUCGAUCUGGAUGUCGAUUGCUGUUCUUCCCCUUCGGUUUCUUCUCCCGAUUUCUGGUAGCUCGGUCGUCUUUUGAGCUCGCGUUAGGGUUUUGGCCUUGAGCCCUGGACUGGGGAGGGCGGGGUCGUAGAGGUAAGGAAUCGACGAGAGCAGUGGAAGCAGGAGGGGAGGAUGAUUACGGAGAAGCCCGGUUGGGUUCGGCAUGAGGGGAUGCAGAUCUUCUCCAUUGACAUCCAAGCCGGAGGGCUUAGGUUUGCGACUGGCGGAGGAGAUCACAAGGUUCGGAUAUGGAAUAUGAAAUCAGUAGGGAAGGACUCUGAAAAUGAUGCUUCAACCUCAAGAUUGCUGGCCACAUUGCGUGAUCACUUUGGAUCAGUAAACUGUGUUAGGUGGGCUAAGCAUGGUAGAUUUGUUGCCUCUGGAUCAGAUGAUCAGGUUAUCCUUAUUCAUGAGAGAAAACCUGGGUCAGGUACAACUGAGUUUGGCAGUGGUGAGCCUCCGGACGUAGAAAACUGGAAAGUUACUAUGACAUUGAGGGGUCAUACUGCAGAUGUGGUGGAUCUUAAUUGGUCUCCGGAUGACUUAACAUUGGCUAGUGGUAGUUUGGAUAACACUAUUCACAUCUGGAACAUCACUAAUGGCAUUUGCACUGCUGUACUGAGAGGGCAUUCCAGCUUAGUCAAAGGGGUUACUUGGGAUCCUAUUGGUUCUUUUAUAGCAAGCCAGUCGGAUGACAAGACUGUCAUCAUAUGGAGAACCAACGACUGGAGUUUGGCACAUAGGACUGAAGGCCACUGGUCCAAAUCGCUUGGCUCUACAUUUUUCAGGCGACUUGGGUGGUCGCCUUGUGGCCAUUUCAUUACUACUACUCAUGGCUUUCAAAAACCUAGACAUUCAGCCCCUGUUCUGGAAAGAGGCGAAUGGUCUGCUACCUUUGACUUUCUAGGCCAUAAUGCCCCCAUUAUUGUGGUAAAGUUUAACCACUCUAUGUUCUGGAAGCAAUUUUCUAAUAGCCAAGAGGCAAAUGCUGCACCUGUUGGAUGGGCUAAUGGAGCAUCCAGGACUACAGCAAAAGAAUGCCAACCAUAUAAUGUAAUUGCAAUCGGAAGUCAGGAUCGUACUAUAACUGUAUGGACAACGGCGAGUGCUCGCCCUCUAUUUGUUGCUAAACACUUCUUUACACAAAGCGUUGUUGAUUUAUCAUGGAGUCCAGAUGGCUAUGCACUUUUUGCUUGCUCUUUGGAUGGGACGGUGGCCACUUUCCAUUUUGAAGUGAAGGAGCUAGGGCACCGAUUAACUGAUGCUGAGCUGGAUGAGAUAAAGAGAAGCAGAUAUGGGGAUGUCAGAGGAAGGCAAGCGAAUGUAGCUGAAAGCCCUGCACAAUUGUUGCUAGAAGCGGUAUGUGCCAAGCAAUCAGCAAACAGAAAGGGAACAUCCAAUGUUGAGCAAAAUCAGAUAACAGGAAAGGCUUCCAUCGAGCCAGUGAAUGCAAUUAACAGUCAGUCAAUUCACAAGGCUACUGAACCCCAAGUUAGAGAUAGCAAGAAAAAUGGAGAGGGCAGUGUGGAUGAUUUAAAUAAAAUUUCAUCUGUUCGGUUAUCAAGUCCACCAAAACAAAGAGAAUAUCGUCGUCCUGAUGGGCGAAAAAGAAUAAUUCCUGAAGCAGUUGGAGUACCUGCACAUAAGGAAAAUCUCUCUGCAGCCCAGGCUCAACUAGUGGAAUUCUCUUCCUUGGCCUUGGAUCAAGCAAAGGGUGAUCGUAAUGCUGUUGCUGAUGGAGUUAAAGAAACUUCCCUGAAGAGACCAUUCAGUGGAAGUUAUGAUGCAUAUAGCUAUCCUGACAAGUGUAACAACUGUGGAUCUAAGGAGCGUUCUGGAAUCACUGCAAGGGCUAAUAUUAAUGAAAGCCUCAUCAUUGAGAAAGCACCGACUGUGUCAAACAUUGAUGCGAGGACAAAUGUAGAACAUAUGGGCUCUAUAGGCAUGCCAAGUUCAUUGACAUCAUGUAAUGCUCUUUCUAUUCGGGUAUUCAACAAGAAAGACUGUGAAGAUAGUUUACCAAUUUGCCUGGAGGCUAAGCCCAUAGAACAAUCUGUACAUGAUGUAAUCGGUGUUGGUAAUGCAUUUUUUACAAAAGAAACUGAAAUAAGAUGCACAAAAGGAUCUGAAACCCUUUGGUCUGAUCGUAUAUCUGGAAAAGUAACUGUUUUAGCUGGAAAUGCCAACUUUUGGGCUGUUGGUUGUGAAGAUGGCUGCCUACAGUUUGCAAAAGGAAAGCACAGUGCUCAAGGCCCUUGCCACGGCAGGAUUUGGGAAGGGUCAAAUAUAUUACUUAUUUCAAUGGACCAAGUUGACCAACACUACCAUUGCUGGAAGGUAUAUACUAGAUGUGGAAGACGAGCUAUGCCGGCCAUGAUGAUGGGCUCUGCUGCAGUUUUUGUAGACUGUAAUGAGUCUUGGAAUUUACUCCUUGUAACAAGAAGAGGUUUGCUGUAUGUCUGGGACCUUUUUAAGAGGACUUGCAUUUUGCAUGAGUCUUUAGCUUCUCUAGUUACUUCGAGGGAGGAUUCUUCAACAAAAGAUGCUGGUACCAUAAGAGUUAUAUCCGCAAGAUUCUCAAGAGCUGGUUCUCCCCUUGUUGUUCUUGCCACACGCCAUGCCUUUCUGUUCGACAUGAGCCUGAUGUGCUGGUUAAGGAUUGCUGAUGAUUGUUUUCCAGCUUCGAACUUUGCGAGUUCCUUUAACUUAAGUUCCAUUCAGAGUGGUGAACUGGGUAAAUUGCAGGUUGAUGUUGGCAAGUUCAUGGCAAGAAAGCCAAGUUGGACAAGGGUGACGGAUGAUGGGACACAGACACGUGCACAUUUGGAAACACAGUUGGCAUCAUCGCUUGCCUUAAAAUCACCUAAUGAGUAUCGUCAGUGCCUUCUCUCUUACAUACGGUUUCUUGCAAGAGAAGCUGAUGAGUCUCGGCUGCGUGAAGUUUGUGAGAGUUUUCUUGGGCCUCCUACCGGAAUGGCUGAAGUUACAGUUGUGGAUUCAGAGGACCCAGAAUGGGAUCCUAAUGUGCUUGGAAUGAAAAAGCACAAACUCCUCAGGGAAGAUAUACUUCCAGCCAUGGCAUCUAACAGGAAGGUCCAACGGUUGCUAAACGAGUUCAUGGAUCUUCUUUCCGAGUAUGAAACCAGUGAAACUAAUGCAGAUCAUAUGGACGUUGUCCUACCAACAAAUGAUGCCAACUCAUGAAGUUUUCGCAUUUGGAAGCAUCAUUUACCAUGGCAGCACAGAAUCAGUCGACUGUUUUUGUGGAUCGUGUAGGAUGAUGAGGGACACUACUGAUUUUGUCUUAAUUCGCCUACUAGUUCUAACCAUCAUGUAGCAAUUGGCAACUUAUGUGCUACAUAAAAGCCAUAGUCAAAUCCUUUCCUUCUUCCACUGUAUCUUCUCAUCUUAUAGUGCAGUUUGUGAGCCUUCUGCCAAUCAUUCGAGUUGUUGGAGGAAACCAAUUAGGGUUUUCGUCUUCUAUCAUUAACCAGUUAGGGUUUUCAGCUUCAUCUUGAUGUUUGGAAAAAUGAAGACGAAGAACUUUCUUGGAAUUUUAGAUUGAUCGCAGUAAUUCUGCCUUUUUACUUGCACACACCAUGAGCUUUGAAAAUAUUCAAUUAAGAAGUUUGCAUCCAAGUAUUAUAUUAUGAGCAUAAUUUGUCA